AUGGAUAAAACUGAAAAAGCUUUGGAAAAAUUACAAAUUGAAGUACCCGAUGAUGAAAGUUGUGAUUGCAAUGAUGAAGAAUGCAUUGGGUGCUUUUGGCCCUGUGAAUCAUGCCAGUCAAACAAAUGUGGACACGAAUGCCGUAUCAACCGUAUCAGUGGUUGGAAAUAUGAAGUAUGGGAAAGAGAAGGAAGAAGUGAUAAAUAA